AUCCCAGGAGAUCCCCAAUUAUCAUGGCAUCUAGAAAGCAAGAGCUAAACCCAAACAGUUUAAAACUGUGCUAAGAAUAGACUGACCUUAGACACAAUCCACUCCCCUGGAAUAAUGCAGUCAUAUUACAAGGAAACCGGGGACAUACUGAGGACACACACUCAUACAGACACAGAGGCUCUUCUGUCUCCAGGAAUGCUUUUAGAGUGUUGAGAGCAGACACUGUGUGUAGGCAGAUGUCGCAGCAGUAAUAGUGGAAACUAUCAUAAAUUGUGGAUUCAUGUGCUGACACUCUGAGAGCUUCUUGAGAUUGCCUACAACAGAGUAAUGCAUCACACAGCCAUAUUCUUGUCCUGAGUAGGGGGGACUGGAAACAACUUGUUGAAAGCAACUGCUCUCAUGAGCCUUCGAACAGUGAGGUGAUGAGUGACCGGCAUCACAACAAUUUAAUUAAAGCAAGUUCCCAGAAACACAAACCUGACAGCAUUGUAUUUCAUUCACAAAAGUAAACUGUUAAAACCAUGAUUUUUUUUCUGUUUUCCCUGUGAGGACUAGUAAAAUAGUACACUCAUAGGCAAAUUUCAAUGUGUUAAUGCUGGACGAGGCAGACGGAGACACAGAGGGCUCUGAGACUGGAGCCGGGGGUUAGUCUGAAUUUAGAGUUGGAGUGGGAUUUGAGUUCAUUGUGAGCUUGCACGUUUUGCGUGUUACACUGCAAUCAUUCAAAACCCCGCACGGACUCUCUACUGGCUUCAGCAACAUAAAACAUGACAUUCAACAAUAGGAAUCAAUUAAAAGGAGUUGCAAGAUUCUCGACACUGACCUCGCCUCCUCAAAAGAGCAAAUAAGAGAGAGAGCAAAAGAGAGAGAUAAACAAAGGAGCAAGACGGACUUGUACGAACGAAGGCAUCCAGUCAUUGAGAUUUAAAGAGGCUCACUCACGCAGGUCUAGUGUGCCUGCCUCACGGCCACUGCACUUCCUAUGCUACUGUAAACCCCAGACAGAGCUGGGCCUUUGAUCCUUGAAUGGCAGUAGGCAGCAAUUCAGGCUGUAAAAACCAAACUACCACAUAGCCACAAACACACACACACACACAUACACACACACACACACACACGACAUUGAAGUGCAAGUAACUUCUGAAAACAUAUAUAUGAAUAUGAUGUGUCAACUGAGGACACACAUGCAGCUUUUAAGUCUCCGUUUCCAGGAAUGCUUGUAGCUCUUUGGUAGUUGACUAAAUAAUCCAAAAAGAAAGAAACAAAGGGCGCUGUCAGAGAAUUCUAGGACCACUACAUGUUUUAAUAUCUGUAGCUUACGAUGUAUAUCAUUCCUCACUUAAAAUUGUCGGUCAACAAUCUGUGAGACAUAACUUUGGCGUGGCAUAAUAAACAUCAUACACAAUAUUGAAGAUAUAAACGUCUGCCAAAUCUACAACUUUCUUGUCUCCCCUUUCCUCAUCAUGUAAGCUCAAUGAUGUCAUCCUUAUAGUUCAAUGGCUGCAUUCAACUGUUCCAGCUACCUGCAGAGAUGCUAUCUAAGUUUCUACUUUUAGAUUUUCACAUGACUCAGUUUUCAAUUGCAGCAACAAAGUUGUUUCAUUCCAAGCUAUUCCCCUUGUUGGAAAUGUCAGGAUUCUCUGUAAUAUCGUGAGGUUUCGCCCCCACUAUGUAAAGUGCCUUGAGAUAAUGUAUGUUGUGAUUUGGUGCUAUACAAAUAAAAUUGAUCAUCCCAGGCUCAUACUCAAUGCCAUAAAAUGGUCGGCAUGGGGAUGACUGAGAGUACUGGAAGUUAACUUUCCUCAAGAGAUUGCCAAUGAUACUCGCAUAUACUUAUUGCAAAGGAAGUGAUGGAGUGGCAGAGUCGGCCAUCCUUCAAUUUUACAUUUUUAUACUAGUCCCGCUGGAGAAAUAAUCUCAAACAUCCUUCUCUAGAAUCCUGUUAACCUCUGUGGGGAUUCCAGGCCAAAUGUGAUAUGUAAUCCUUCAAGCAUGUUCUGAGUCUGCAGUCAGUUGGAACCAGAAAUGCCUCCACAGAGAGACAUAUCAAUCACAUUCCUGACUCACCUCAACUGGUUCACUUCAAAAUGAAGGGAGCAACAGUUUUAGUCUUCCAAGGUUACCACCCUGACCUCACGCCCCGAAUGCCAUGGCACUAUUUACCAAUGCGGAUUUUCACAGGAAGUGAGCCCACAUGGAAACCCUGCAUUGCUUUGAGCAUGACCAGGCACCAUGGGCCAAGCCACUAAGGUCUCGUCUCCAAGCUCCCCUCACAGGCCCGUCUACAGGAGAGGCCCCCCAGUUUCCCAAUCCCAGACAAGGUCACUCAUUUAUGUUGAGGCCAAUUCCUGGGGCUCUUGGAAUGACUUUGUCUUGCGCCUCUCUUCGGAGCAAUUUGCCUACGAAGACUCUACCAGGUGCUACAUGCCCGUGUUAACAUAGCUCCCAUAGGGUCACGCAAACACCCCUACAAUGAGAAGUUGGCAAUUUAUGGAUAAUUAAGUAAAUUGCUCAUAAACUACAAUCUACCUGUUUGUAAAAUUAAAUAAAGCUGCCUACAGAGUACAGGCACAGCAUGUAAUGGAGUUAUAUUCAUAUUUACAUUGGAACAAAACUUAGAAUUUUCCCAUAAUUCUAAUGUCUAGUUCUUUGUUUCUUGCAAUACGGUGGCUGCCUGAAGUGAUAUGUUAAUUGACCUCUCCUUGAUCUAUGCUUCCAAAAGACCACAGUGCGGGAAAAGAGCCUCUGAAGUGAUACAAGGGGCAGAUGAACAGGCCAGAGUGACACCUAAUAGAUCAGGUCUUUACGACCACAAGUUCAGAGACGAGAGCCCCUAACCCCAGACCUGCUGCGGCCAGAAGUCCUUCGCUCUCAGGCCUGCCGCCCUGCCCUCCCCGGGGGAGCACAUCAUUAGGGCCCAUAUAAACUUUUGAAGUAGUGAGUCCAAGGAAAGGCCAGGUAUGUGGGGCAGUAAAUUGUACCUUUAAAUUCAAACACGAAAAGUGAAAGAGUGCAUGACCCUUGACACGGAGAUGACUACUUCUGAGCAGUUACAUCUUCUGUUCUGCUCCCGUUGGAUGGAUACCUGUCAGCUAUAACUUCUUACUUCCCACGAUUACACUCAAUAAAAAUGAGAAUUAAAGGGUGUCUUUGAAGUUUUUUUUAACUUGAGUCAAUAAAUCCUAACCAAUGAUUCAGUGCAGCAAAGGAAAACCACUAAUUAAUUGUGACAUUUAAAAUGAUAGGGAAGACAUUCUUCAAAGCUUAGACAUCGGAGCAAAUAUCUUAAUCAUCGGUUAAGUGAACGUGGGUCACUGUGAUAUGUAACAUGUACGGCACAAUACUGCUUGAGUUUCCUGGAAAAGACAGAGAUGCUGGAGUAAGUUCUGCAAGAGUGAGUGUGUGUGUGUGUGUGUGUGUGUGUGUGCAUGCAAAUGUUCAUGAAGUAUUUAAGAGGACAUACCAAGGAAAGCCUGGUAUUUCCAAGCGUUUAUAGCUCCCUCUCAUGUCCAGUGGGUGAGAGACAGCAAGAGGGAGGCAGAGGGUGUUUCUCCAUUGCAUCUCGGCCAGGGACAGCUGACUGGUUGGGAUCUAAUUGCUCUCAAGUGAGGUCAGCAGGAGGCAUUUAUCUAAGCAGAGUGCACAGCGGCAGUGGAAGAUGAACAGAGUCGGCCUGCCAGAAUCAGGGAGACAUCCAUGGGAAUUGACAGAAGCUCCCAGCUCUUGUUUAGUUUUACUGCAUUACUGGACUUGGAUUGGAACUGAGACUACAGCUGUAGAACCACAGAGGCUUCAAAUUAAAACUCUUGCUGAAGGGGAACACACCUCUGACAAGUCCUGUCAUCCACUGGAGCUCAUUGGCAUCUUGAACAACAUCUCCUGAACUGGAUCAUGACGUCCCUCGUCAGACUAUGGUCUCAAGAGGAUGGACCAGUCAAUGUGCACCGUGACUGAGGACUAAAGAGAAACACCACCUCAUAACACUGUCGCUCGUCUUCUUCAGAUCACAGUAAGGCUUCAGCCAACCCCAACCGCCUUCACGCAGUCUCCUCCACAACCGGCCGCUCUCACAGUCCCACUAGGACUAGGAGUGCUGCAGAAUCGGGGACCCGGAGGUCACCACACAAAGGGUCACAAAUCCGGGGGUCGCUGGACUGAGGGAUAGUGCACAGAUCUCUGGCUCACAUUUCAGUAUGGUGUUCAUUGAUCCCCACUGCAUUGUAUUAUAAUGCGCAAAUGGAUGCUGACAUGGAACCUUCAAAAUCUGUUCUCGGGACUGUACUUGCAUGCAAUCUUCCUGUUUGGCAGCGUGUGUGUGGUCUACAGUGACUGCACUCCAGAACAACUUGCUGCCAUCAUGAACUGCUCCAGACACGAACGUCACACCAGGAACUACGACUACAUGGAGGGCGGCGAUGUGCGCAUCCGACAGCUGUUCAGCCGCACACAGUGGUUCCUAACAAUUGAUGACAGAGGCAAUAUCAAUGGGACUCAAGAUCCCACCGACUGCUACAGUAUCCUGGAGAUCAGGACAGUGUCGGAGGGGGGCAUUCUGGCCAUCAAAGGCGUGAAGAGUCAACUUUAUAUUUCUAUGAACAAGGCUGGAGUGGUGCAAGGCAAGGAUACCUAUGAUGAAAACUGCAACUUCAAAGAGGUUUUCCUAGAAAACUACUUCAACGCUUACUCCUCUUCAAGGUGGACUAAAAACGGCAAAGACAUGUUCAUUGCCCUGUCACAGAAGGGGAGGCCAAUACGAGGGAAGAAGACCAGGAGGGAGCAUAUAGCAUCUCACUUCAUCCCCAUGAAAUGCCGGGAGGAGGAGAGGAGGGUGGACUGAAAAAGGCAGAGGACUGAGUCGCAAAUUGUUUAUGAUUUCAAUCACAUAUUAUAUAUGUUAUUAAAACACAUGUAAACUCAUUAUCACGCUCCACUCUUGUCAAGUUGUAUAUUAGUUGUGUAAUAUUCCUUGAUAUGAUGACAUUUUCAUAUGAGAAAAAACAACAGAUAUCAGAUGCGUACGGUGAAGUAUCUCAUCCUCGGAUGAGAUGUUGAAACAAGAAAAUAUUAAAAUAUUUUUUAAACUGCUUCAACCGGUACACAAACUCAAUAUUAUUGUUGUUUUGAGUUGGAUAUUAUAUUUCCUUCGAAUAAAACAGUUAAGUGUUAUGUUAUAAAUCAGUAAAAACAUAUGACCAAUAACGCGCAGUCAGGACUGUAUUCUUUUCUGAAGAUAAUCUCCGCGCAGCAAGAUGAGGAAACCUGAACGAUCAGCACUAAGGUCCAGAGGAGAGAUCUGGCUUGACUUAGAUGUGCUGAAGCAAGCUGGACUUGUCUUCUGUAAUGGUGCCGGUGCUCAGAGCACACAAAACAGAGGCACAGUAGAUACGAUUACAACAGCAACUGUUCUUCUCGCCUUGAAAACGAGACUCUGGUCAAAUGCAUUGUAGCUGCUCACUGACCCCCCUCUUUAUUGUCAAGGUGUGAUUCUUGAAAUACUAAAGUAUUCCACUGCUGCUGAUGAAAAGAUAUCCAGAUUAAAAUACGCACGUAACAACAUGAUGACUGUGUAUGCUAUGCAAUCUCCUUCCUUCAGAGCUAACAAUACUCAAAGAUAUAUAUCUAUUUAUUUUUUUAAUUCUUUUUUAAUUUUGUGUUAAGACUUGCCCAUUUUAAUAAGCAUGUCUAAUGCACAGAUCCAUUUAUUUCUUACCUUAACUUAUCCAACCCUUUUUUUAAUCUUAAAGGGCUUCUGCAUGAUAUCAGUCUAAAAUUGCUACAACGUUACAGUACCUUAGAAUUCAUGGUUGUAAGUUAUUUGUUUUAUUUAUUCAUGAUUUAUGAGUUAUAUAUGUUAAAACCUCUCUUUUCCUUACAAUGUGCAUUGUUCUAUCUGAAUCAUUUAAUGUGGAACUGUUCUCAAUAUUACAGCUUGCAUUUAUGGGUUCUCAAGUUUACUUACUUAUUUACUUACAUGUUAAACAGCAAUGGCCUAUAUACUUACACAUUUUUUUUCAAUAUUCACAAGCACUUUUUCCUGCUUUGGUCUGACAGAUUUGAGACAAAUAUCAGCUUGUGGACUUGCUAAAUGUACAAACUUCUAUGUAUAAAGUCACUUUGCAACAACUCUUUCACACCAGACACAUGGUUCAAAUACAACACAGGUCUUUGAGCAGUGUUGUCCCCCAUGAAUUUGGCCAUGGUGAACACCCUUUAGAGGAUGUCAUUAGAUUGAAAGAUAGUGUCAAAUGAAUAUUGCUUCACGUUACUUCGGGAAGAAAAGCUGCACAUGAACAAUGCCUUCAUUCUGCCACGUAUUGUAUGAAACUAUGAAGCUGAACAGAAAGCUCUGGAGAAAAAUGAAGAGGGAUUUUCUUUUCUUUUUUGCUGACCCACUUUCACAAAAUAUAAAUACAUCUUCAUUAACUCAAUAAAUCAAAUUUGAGAAUUGUA